CACGGCGAUCGUUGGUAGUGUCGAGUGUCCAUGGACCGGAGCGUUACGGCUACCCGGUCGUUCAAUUAUUUCCACACGGCGACCGCCACCAUCAACGUGGACUGAUCCAGACUUUCUGUAUCAGCCUCCGAACUGCUGCGGCUGCGUGGCUUCAGCUCCCAGGUAUUUUAUUGUGAGUCGGAAUCGGAGAAAAAGAAAAGAAUUCUGCCAAUUGGAAGGGUUUCAGAGCUUGAAGAAGAUAAAGCGAAGCUUCGAGAUGCUGUUGCGAUUCUUUUUAUCUUCCCUUUUUUCCUCUCCUUAGGAAAUCAUGACCGUCCGUUCUAUACGGCGCCGAUGAUGCUAGGGUUACCGUGACGGGGACGGAGGUUGGGAAAAGGAAAUCUAGCUUGCGAUUCACGCGAGUAGGAGACGUUCAUGUGUCCUUAAAACCACGUUGCUCCUUUUCGACAUUUUCUUCUUCGGUAAAUCGAUGUCAUUUGUGGGAGAAGGAUCAAUGACGUGGCAGGAGGAGUUGGCUAGUUUGGUGGGGGAAAGCGGGGUUCAGUAUUCUGCCAUCGGCGGCGAGGUGGAGGGAAAUGCGUCGGAUCUCAAUGGGAGUGUGGUCGGUGAGGGUUACUACAGACAUGAGGAUGGCAUUGUGCCGGAGGAGAGCAUGAAGGACCAGUUGAAGGGGUUUUUGAAAGCAUCGGUGGAGAUGAUGCAAGAUUUCGGGAGGGGAUGCAGAGAUAUACUGCAGCAGAGCCUGACGGGGGUGGAGGACUCUUACGUGGCGAAGAGGCUCCGCGGGCCGUGGGGUGUAGUCUCGAGGCGGUUUGGGUUUUUGAAUGAUUACUUGCCCGAGGAUCGGGAUCCGAUGCACUCCUGGUUGGUGAUCAUCUGCGUUUUUCUUGUAGCGCUUCUAGCUUUGAAUGUAAAUAGUGGCCAUAUAGUUCAAGUGCAACUUCCAAAGAAACUGUAUAUACAUCCUCCUAGUGCUAGCCUAAUCCAACUUCCGGAUGGAAGAGUUAUGGCCUACCAGGAACAAGGGGUGUCAGUUGAAAGGGCUAGAUUUACCAUGAUUUCUCCACAUUCUUUUCUUUCCUCUCGCUUAGCAGGUAUACCUGGCAUCAAAGAAUCUUUGUUGAAAGAUUUUGGUGUUCGUUUUAUCACAUAUGAUCUUCCGGGUUUUGGUGAAAGUGAUCCUCAUCCCUGCAGGAACCUUAAUUCAUCAGCACAUGAUAUGUUGCAGUUAGCAAAUGCUCUUGGGAUUAUGGAUAAGUUCUGGGUGCUGGGUUACUCUGGCGGAGGAAUGCAUGCUUUGGCUGCUGUUCGCCACAUCCCUGAUAGAAUUGCAGGUGUGGCUAUGUUUGCCCCAAUAACCAAUCCAUAUGAUUCCAGAAUGACAAAGGAAGAGAAAAAUAAAAUCUGGGAGAAGUGGACAGCAAAAAGAAAGUUCAUGUUCAUUGUAGCUAAAAGGUUCCCUUCCCUUCUUCCUUACUUCUAUCGGCAAAGCUUUCUAUCAGGAAUGCAGGGUCAGUUGGAAAGGUGGUUAUCAUUGUCUUUGGGAAAGAAGGAUAAGGUUUUAACAGAUGGACACAUUUUUCAAGAAUUUUGGGAAAGGGAUGUGGCAGAGUCCAUCCGACAGAAUGAUCCAAAACCCUUUGUUGAGGAAGCUGUCUUACAAGUAUCUAAUUGGGGGUUCAGCUUGGCUGACCUUCAAGCACGAAAGAAGCACGAAGGCAAAAAUCUCCUUCUUUGGCUGAAGUCCAUUUAUACUCAAGAAGAUGGAGAGUGGACUGGUUUUCUUGGUCCGAUACACAUUUGGCAGGGAAUGGAUGACCGGGUAGUGCCACCAUCCAUGACUGAAUUCUCAAGACGCCUGAUUCCAGGAGCCACAGUCCAUCGCCUGCCUGCAGAAGGCCACUUUUCCUAUUACUGUUUCUGUGAUGAUUGUCAUAAACAGAUCUUCUCCACUCUCUUUGGCAUUCCUCAAGGCCCUCUCACAGCUAUUUCUGAGAAUGAGCUACCCUCUCCAUCUUCUAAAGAACUUUUUGAAGAUGAAAACUCUUCUCAAAAUCUGGACAGUCAGGAGGAUUAGUAUUGGUUGGAGACUUCGAUUCGAUCCGAUCCAAUUCAUUCAAUUUGAAAAGUUCCAUGAAUAUUCACUUUACAUGGCAGACCCUUCAGUUGAUACAGUUCUCACUUGUUUUACAUGUAAUGUGGGAAAACUGAGUCAUAGUGUUAUUGAAUUGAAAUUACCAGAAAUUGCACAAUAGUGGCUUGGAUCAAAGAAAGAAUGAAGCUUUUUUUUUUUUU